AUCUUUCUACUUCAGUCGACUGAGACAUCAACCUACAAAAGUUUUAAAUUUGGUUGGUAAGAAUCCCCCCCCCCCUAAUCUCCUUUUUACAUUUCAGUGCUUGUUUGUUUUGUUCUAGACACAAAGGACAGGAUUGCACACUUUAUAGAUAACUAAUUUCCCCUAGGCAAUUUAAAUUAGGGUAAACCAUCGUCAAGUUGGACAACCUUCAUCAAGCCUUCAUUAGGUAAAUGUUUCAGGUUUUAAAAGCUAAUUUAUUGCCCUUAACCACCGUUUCCUCAAAAUGACAUCUGAACUAACGUUAUGGGGCGGGGGAGACGCAUUUACAGUAGGACGAAUUCAUCUACAUGUAAACUUCCUCAAACUACACCAGAGUCGUUUUAUACACUUCCUCCACGAAGUGAACAGACUUCCUUCAUAGCGCAGCUCUGCCCGGCAGAUAGAAGACAACGGGAGAUCCGCUCCAGGCGCCCGACUAUUUUGAACUUAGUGGAAGACUAUGCACGGUUGCUGAGGGGGCAGAGGGGCGUGAUCAGGGCUCAGCAUGCAGAGCAUCAAGUGUGUGGUGGUAGGAGACGGGGCGGUGGGGAAGACCUGCCUGCUCAUCUCUUACACCACCGGAGCGUUUCCCAAGGAGUACAUCCCCACCGUGUUUGACAACUACAGCAGCCAGGUGACCGUGGACGGACGCUCCAUCAGCCUGAACCUGUGGGACACGGCAGGGCAGGAGGAGUACGACCGGCUCCGCACCCUCUCCUACCCACAGACCAACGUCUUCAUCAUCUGCUUCUCCAUCUCCAGCCCCGCCUCCUACGAGAACGUCAAACACAAGUGGCACCCAGAGGUUUCCCACCACUGUCCCGGGGUGCCCAUUCUCCUGGUGGGCACCAAGAGCGACCUGCGGAAUGACGCAGACACCAUAAGGAAGCUGAAGGAGCAGAACCAAUCACCUGUCACGCAUCAGCAGGGCGUGGCUCUCUCUCGGCAAAUCCACGCCGCUCGCUACCUGGAAUGCUCCGCCCUCAAUCAGGACGGGAUAAAAGAUGUGUUUGCAGAGGCAGUUAGGGCUUUUCUCAACCCCCAACCCACAGCCCACAAGAAAUCAUGCAUUCUGCUGUAGGGAGAGAGGGCUGGGUGCGGAUUCACAGAGGACAGGAAGGAGGGGUGUGGGUGAGAGAAAUGGUGAGAGAAGGGACGGAAAGAGCGAGAGAGACCCUGUUAGAUCUGAAAUACUGUGGACGGAGAUAUACGGUAUACAGGGUUAGAGGUUAAUAGGGUUCAUUCUAAAUCUAUCAGGAACAUUUUUUCUUCUUGCUACUGACUGGGUGUUUAUAUAAUUCUCACUGCCCCAGAAGAGGAACAGGGAUAAGAAAUCUCCAACAUUGGAGGUCAAGUUGAGUUAGCCCCAAGAAAGAUGUCAUCUUGGAAAGAUGUAAAGAUUGUAAAUUGAACUGCUAAAUGAGUAGCAUUGCUCUGCAAAUGACGAAUUGCCCAAACCUCCCACCUUUUAGUCAGUUCUGAUAGGCCAGAGCAGUGACACUUUCUGGCUUUACUUGAGGCUGAUUGGUCAGUGGAGACUGGGAGUGUGUUCACAGAGGUGAAGCAUCUCUAAAACAUCCUUCUACACCGACUCCUAUGUAAACACCUGCGCUCCAAUGUAAACGUAUCCUAACGUCGCACUCUGCCGAACAGCCUCAAGCAUCUCCCUUUCCUCCCACUUCCUGGUCAAGGCUGCACCCAUCCGUGCGCCCCGUAAUGACCUCUCAUCCCUUAGCUCUGCGAUAGUGACGUUUCAAAAGGCACAAUCACUGGAACUGGGCAGCUGUUCCGUAGAGCAGGAAGACGUUCUCCAUCAGGGCUUCUCUGGGAGGAAGCGGGCCUUCUCGUCUUCCUCCAAGGCUGUCGUUCGUCCCCUAGACCUCCAGUAGCGACCUGACCAGGCCCACUGGAACCUACACGUCUCCUCCAUGCCCCCCAUAGCCCGUCCACUUCCUGUGAGCUGUGCUUGAACGCACCUUUUUAUGUAGAAUAUUUAUCAAAUCUGUAAUUUAUGUUUGUUUUUCUAACACGAUUUAAAUAUUUUUGCUAAUUUGUCUAUGAACAUGCAAUGAUACAACUUAAUAAAGUGUCUGACUGUAGGAGUCUGUGCUUCCGAAACAUAGUACAUUUGAUAUUAAACUGAGAAUUAAAUUCCUGUAAUUAAAAUCCUACCAUGA